AAAAGCGAAGGAACGCUAAUUACAUUUAUUUACAAGAUUUGUUACCGCUGAUCUGCUCUCAAUUCAACAGUCAACCCUUCUUCUUCUCUUAGAUCCCUAAUUAAGGUUCUUCAUGCUGAGCAAAAGUCUUGAUUCAGGACCCGCUAAAGCAUCAUGAAUUACCUAGUUGGAGCUUUCAAGCAGCCGUGUAAUAUUUUCAUUUCAUUCGCUGAUGGGAGAAGCCGCAAUCAGGUUCCGCUAAAGAAGGAAAAUGGGAAAACAGUUAUGGCUGCUCUCUUUCAGAGCCAAGAAAAUAUUGUAGGAGAGGUGGUUCUAGAACCGAUACAUGGGAAGAAGGUUGAACAUAAUGGUGUUAAAAUUGAGCUCCUUGGUCAGAUAGAAUUGUAUUUUGACAGAGGCAACUUCUAUGAUUUCACCUCUCUUGUACGUGAACUUGAUGUUCCUGGUGAAUUAUAUGAAAGAAAAGCAUAUCCAUUUGAAUUUGCAACGGUGGAGAUGCCAUAUGAGUCUUAUAACGGAGUGAAUGUUAGACUUAGGUAUAUACUGAAAGUGACAGUCAGUAGAAACUAUGUCAGCAACAUUGUGGAGUACCAAGAUUUUGUGGUCCACAAUUAUACUCCACCUCCAUCAAUCAAUAACAGUAUUAAGAUGGAAGUUGGGAUUGAGGAUUGUCUACAUAUUGAAUUUGAAUACAGUAAAAGCAAGUAUCAUUUGAAGGAUGUCAUUAUUGGCAAGAUAUAUUUUCUUGUUGUUAGAAUUAAGCUAAAAAAUAUGGAGCUAGAGAUCAGGCGCCGAGAGUCAACUGGAUCAGGGCCAAACACAUAUGUUGAGACAGAGACCCUUGCUAAAUUCGAGUUGAUGGAUGGUGCUCCUGUCAGAGGAGAAUCGAUUCCGAUCAGACUGUUCUUAAGUCCAUAUGAACUGACACCAACAUAUCGUAACAUCAAUAACAAAUUCAGCGUGAAAUAUUAUUUGAAUCUUGUGCUAGUGGACGAAGAAGAUCGACGGUACUUCAAGCAGCAAGAAAUCACUAUGUACCGGAUUCUCGAAACUUGGUAAUUCUUCUUUUAAAUCUGGUUGUGUUCACGCAUAUGAAUGUGGGAAAGUACUCAAGAAGAUCAUAAUACUCUAUGGUACGCAUGAUCUCUUUCCGGUGCCAUUUGGGCUUGUUAAUGAAGUUUUUCGGCUGUUUCGCACGAAUGCCUGGUUUCGGAUGAUGGCAUGGUACUCAUAUCU